UGAUUUACUAGCGAAUUGAUGUUUUCAAAAAUAAACAAACAAAAAGUCGAAAGCACCGUAACUGCAUUGGAGGAGUAGAGUAAUUAAAGGCUAAAAGAGAAAGAGAGAAUAAAGCCGCCUAAUUCAUUUUUCAUUAAAAAAAAACUUUUUUAGCCUAACUUGAUAGUAAAGUGUGUUCUAUUAAAAUGUUAUUAGUUGCUAAUAAAAAUAAAUAAACAAUAACCUUGAUACAAUGUUAAAUAAACGUCACAAAAAAACAUACAUUUAUAACGACGACAACAAUAGCAACAAUAAUAAUAAAAGCGGUCUUUUACCUUAAAUGUAAAAAUAAAUUUUUGGAAAAUAUCAAUUGAUGAUAAAAAGUGAUGACAAAUAAUUUAAAAUUAGUUUGUAUAUUGUGCAAAAAUUCUAUGAAAUACAAAGAAAAAUAUAGGAACAAAUAGAUUUUCUGUGGUUUUAUGUGCACUAGGGAGGAUAGUGAAGAAGUUAUUGAGUGUGUUGUUAUGUAUUAAAAGGAUUUGCUGUAAACACAAAUAAAAAGAAAUAAUAAGAAAUUCAUCUUCAAUUACAAAUUCUUUAAAUAUGUUUAACAAUUAACGUGGUAUUAUUUAAAAAUAAAAAAAAAACAUAUAAAUCAUCUUUUAAAACAUUUUUAAUAAUAGUAGAAAAAAUACAAAUAUACAUACAAUAGCUAUCAAUCAUGACAGAUGAAUGCAUAUCGACGACGGUGGAGUACAUAACAAGUGCUACUUUAAAAAUGAACAAUUCCUCGCACCAACAGCAACAACAGGAUGUCUAUGAUGGUGCUGUUGAUGACGACGACGAUACCGUUGGUAGUCGCGGUAUUGGUCUAUGCAACAGCUUCGAUCGACCCGAUGCUCUGGGUAUGGGCUGUGAAGAAAGUUCUAAUAAUUCAUCAGCAGUACAUUCCACAAAUGGUAAACCUAUCUCAGUUUCUGAGAUAAAGUGUAUGGUGGCUCGUAUGCCAACUGAACGCAAUGCCAUGGAAUACAAUAUGAACCAUAAAAAACGUGGUUUAGCUAUAAUCUUUAAUCAUGAAUUUUUUGAUAUACCAUCAUUGGAGAAUCGUAAAGGUACUAAUAUUGAUUGUGAGAAAUUAAAGAAGACAUUUAAAAGUCUAGAUUUUGAAGUAUCAAUAUAUAAGGACUGUAAAUUACGGGAAGUUUUUGAACAUAUCGAUAAGGCUGCUGCACAGGAUCAUAGUGAACACGAUUGUAUUGCAGUUGCAAUAUUAACACAUGGAGAACAGGGUUAUUUAUACGCCAAAGAUGUCAUGUACAAAUUAGAUACUAUUUGGCAUUAUUUCUCAGCCAGAGAUUGUCCAACACUGGCUGGUAAACCGAAAUUAUUUUUUAUACAAGCCUGCCGUGGUGAUCGUUUAGAUCCAGGUAUUAAACUACAAAAGACUGAAACAGAUGGUGAGACAUCAUCUGAUAUGAGUUAUCGUAUACCAAUACAUGCUGAUUUCCUAAUAGCAUAUUCAACAAUACCAGGUUUCUACUCCUGGCGCAAUACUUCAAAUGGUUCAUGGUUUAUACAGUCUCUCGUCGAGGAAUUAAAUAUUAAUGGCAAAAAAUAUGAUUUACUAACACUAUUAACAUUUGUUAAUCGCCGUGUGGCCAUGGAUUAUGAAUCGUGUGUACCAUCACGUCCCAUAAUGGAUCAACAAAAGCAAAUACCUUGCAUUACAUCAAUGUUAACACGCAUUUUACGUUUCACCGAUAAACCUAAACAGAAUUAAGUUUAGAUUUGAAACAUAACAAUUACUCAAAAAUAGCUACAAAAACCAACAACAAUGUGUCAUACAAAUUGCGUACAAAUUUACAACAAAACGAAGAAAUAACAAAAAUUCUUUUAGAACACAAUUGUUAAAUCAAUUUUUUUUCUUUUUUUUUGUUAAUUUAAGCAUUAGAACUAAAUUUUUUAACAAAAAACUUAAUUCACUUUUGAUAAUAUGUACUAUUACAUACUUGUAUUUGCAAAUAUUUUUUUUUUUUGUAUUUUAUAUGUAUAAUUCUCAUUCAUUUAUUCUAACAUUAACAUGGAACUGAAUUUUUUUGAUAGGGCUACUAUUGUUAUUUUCACUAUCAGUACUUGCCAUUCACAUGUUCACUAAACUUUAUUUAAAUGUAUUUUGGGUACAUUUCAAUUACUUACUUACCACAUAAGUCUAUAAAGCAAUAAGAUUUAUAGAAGAUUUUUAGAAUUAUUAGAUUAUUGUUCAAUUUUUUUUUAUUACAAGAAAAGAAAAACUUAAUGUGUACUUUCCUGCCUUCCACAAUGGUUGCCAUUUAUUAAUAUUUAAGUUCUAUUAGUUUAAUCCAUUUAACAUUUUCUUAAAUUAAACAAAAAUAUAUGAAUUCGAAAGCAAACAACAAAA